AUGAUACCUACUGGACCCGAAGAUGUCGUCAAUGAGAUCGAAAAAUGGCAUGAAAGACACUCGGACAGCAAGGUUGCUGCUGGUGUCCGCGGUGGCCUCGUUCGUUUGCAAAGGUUCAGCGCCUCAAUCGAUAUGCUUGCUCAAGGAACACCAAGCCCAGGAUGUUUAUUGUGGGGUAGCAUAAAGUUCGUCCUGACGAUUGUACAAGACGCAGCGGAGGCAUACGAACAACUCUGCAAGGCUCUCACCCGGAUGAUCGAUUGCUUGCCUCGGAUUGAGCUUUAUACGGAGACUUUUCUCGACUCAAGCUUAGUGGCACAUUGCGUAAAUGCAUUCUAUGUUUCAAUUAUCGGGUUCUGGGCAAAAGCUUGCAAAUUUUAUAGGAGACGCCGACUGUGGAAUUUCCUGCGUGUCAUCUGGAACGACUUCAAUACAGAAUUCAGCGAUCUCGAAUUUGAAAUGAUCAGGAACCGAGAUAGAGUAGAAAGUGCUGCGCUUGCAGAACAUAUAGGGGAGUCGAAAGUUGCAAGAGUGAAUCAGAAACUGAUGAGUCUGGAGAUAUUGCAUGCCCAGAGCUUGACACGGCGGAAGGAGAUCACCGCGUGGCUGGCGCCUGCUGCCUACGAUGUCGAAUACUACUCAAAUGAUCUCGCUAGCGCAAGAGCACUCCGUCAUCCGAAGACUUGCAUCUGGGUCCUGGACAAGACUGAAGUGAUGCAGCUCUGUGAUACAAGCCACAGGUCUGGUCAAUCACUAUUGUGGAUAUGUGCGAACCCCGGGGCAGGCAAGACGAUACUGUCUUCGUUCCUGAUAGAUCAUUUUGAGUCCGAGGAACCGGAUCCUGCCAGAGACAAUGUGUUCUACUUUUUCUGCAAGAAUACUGACGUCGACAAGAAUACGCCUGCUGCAAUUAUACGAUCUCUUCUCUAUCAGCUGUAUAAGUCGGUCAAAGGUCAAGUGACAAUGGAGUCUCUGAAUGAUGACUUGGGACUCGCCUUGGAUAGAUCUGGGCAGCAGAGAGCCGUGAAUUUUGCUGUCCUCUGGCAGCUGUUCUCCACUCAUGUCAAAAAUUUGACCCCAGCAACAAUCAUUUUAGAUGCGUUGGAUGAGUGCCAGGAUCCCAGCCGAUUGAUUCAAGGUCUGAUAGGGCUUUCUACGCUGAGAUCUAUCAAGGUGAUAGUGACGAGUCGCAAGGAAUCGCAUCUACACAACGAACUGAAAAAUGUUUCCUCCAUCGAGAUAGCUCCGGAGGACAUCAAUGCUGAUAUCGCAGCUUAUGUCGAAGCCAAAAUCGAAGCGUCUUCCCGGCUUUCACAUCCCUUGGUGCGGGAUCUAGUCUUCACAAAGCUAUGCAAUGCCCAUGACGGGAUGUUCUUGUGGGUCUAUCUUAUGCUCAAGGAGCUCAAGUCUUGCUUUUCGAUGGUUCAAGUCCAAGAUGCGUUGGCAAAGUUACCAACAGGCCUAGAUGGAAUAUAUAAGAGCAUUCUGCAAAGACUUCAAACCACACUUACCCGUUCCUCCUUCGAUCUUUGUUCUAAGGUACUCAUAUGGGUUGUCACGGCUGUUGUAGGUAGCAAUCUGGUCCUAAGUCGGCUGCAUGAGGGGCUGACAUCUCUUCAGCGCCCACUUGGUAUUGACGAGAUCAAGCAAGCUCUCACCCUCCACUACGAGAUGGACGGUGAUACUCUACUUACGGAUGACCGAUCGUUUCCUUACUCCGACAAGGACGUCGAAUUGAUAUGUGGUUCAUUGGUAACGAUCCGCAAAGGAACUUUGCAAGUGAUCCACCUAACAGUCAAGGAGUUUCUAAGAUCACGACAUAAAAAAGAUCGUUCUGCUUUCUCUAGCCUUCUCGUUGACCCUGAACGUGGGAGUCUGCAGCUCACGCUAGUGUGUUUGCGAUGCGUUGCCACCAAUGCCGAGCCUCUAGUAGACUUGGGAUCCAGCGCUCCACAAAUAGAUUGGGCCUUCGAAACUGACACACUUGACCGCUGUCAAGCUCGAGCACCUCUGCUUGAAUAUGCAAGUUUCUCCUGGUUGGUGCAUUUGAUAGACUGCAAGCUGGAUGACUUACUCGAGGUCACUCCGACAUUUGAGAAGACAUUUAAUUCCCCAGCAACUUUUUCUUGGGUCGAAACGUGUAUGGCUUCGCAACCGGACACCACAUUACGCCUAUCGGUAGGUGUCGAUGAGGUUCGUGACAGAUUCUACGGUUCUAGGGAAGACCCUUGGCCUCGACAAGAAGCCAGCUCCCGAUUCCUCGCCAGCUGGUGCAUUGCAAUGUCGCGGGUGUUCGAAGAGUAUGGUGGAAUUCUUGCUCGACGACCCUGGGAAAUCUAUGUCAUAGAUUUGUGCGAUAUCUUUAGUGUUGACCCAAGUCUACGAAAGCUGUGGCAGGAGCACGGCGAGACUCCUUUAAGGAAAAAGGACCUGCACUUGAACAAAUAUCGAGCUCCUCAUCCACCGCAGGUAAAGCCCCAGCCGCACCACCAAUUGCAACGCCUCCAUAUCGGGUCUUCGAACCAGGAGCCGGUCUUUCUGGUCCACGAUGAGGGUCGAAAUGUCUACAUCUGGGGAGAAACCAUGAUUAGAGCUGAUAAUCAGGCUAUUUGUGUCCAACAUGACGAGACAGGACACCGUCUACCCCCAGCCGAAGAGUUCGGUGGAGGGCCGGACCAGAUAUGGCGGCUUAUUGACCUUGAAUUGAGCCCAAGCGGUGGGUACCUCGCCUUAGUCUAUAUUACAGAGUUUCCCAGUUCGAACGCAGCAACCGGGAUCCCUCGCGAAUUGACAGUUGUCUGGAAACUUGAUGAAAACAUGAGCUUCAAAAGACGGAUGAAUUGCGAGCCUUGGGCGAGGGUUGUUUUCAGAAUUGAGUCCAGUCCCGCGCUUUUCAUGGAUGGCUCGAGAGCUGUCAUGUUCAAGGAUGACCGCCAUUGCGUUACUCCAAGCGGGAUGUUGGAUCUUCUUACAGGUAGCAGACGACCGCUUCCUGAUGGUAUCCGUGAUUACGUUGGUUCGUACCCAGAUAUGUUCUACAGCUGUGAUGGCCAAUAUCUGUUUAGUUCUGUGCCUGACGCCCAUGAGUCGUCCGGGGAAUACUCCAUCCAAGCUAGGCGAGUUGACCCCUUUAAACCAAGCCCGUCUGUCAAUUUUUCGUGGGAAGAUAAAAGGAGAUAUUUAGUCGACGUAAGUCCUACUGGUCGAUACCUGGUGCUGGGAGUGCCAUUCGGUCAUCUUGCAUUCAAUUUUGGAGAAGAAAUAUUAUACCUUUACGACACAGAUUCCAAAAAGCUCAUUGAACUUCGGUUCCCUGAGCCACUGAACUACUGGGAGGGCAAAUUCCUUUUUACACGACAUGAAACAAGGCUUAUUAGCUUUCUCCUGUGUCACCCUAGUAAAUUGCAUGUGAUGAUUUGGGAUUGUCUUGCAACCGCACCUAGGCUUACGAGUCAUGCCACGAGCCCGGCCAACUCGCACCCAGAUUUGGUACCACGGCCAUACCAGAUCCAUGUGCACAAGGCCGCAACUUCGGCAGUGAUGGUCACCAAUGCGAGAUCAAUACAGCGGAUAGAGCUUGGUGAUGAGAUAAAGUUCCUCGAUGCUAACAAGAUGAUUGACGACUAUUCCUAUAGACUAUCGACUGUCUCGAGAGAUGGUUCACACUGGGCUUUGGUGUGCUACGGGCGGAAGGGUGGGAAGGUACAGAUCAUAGAUCUGACGUCGCCCGACGCACCCGCUCGCCAUUUUGACCUUGAAUGGUCGCAAAGCGAUAUUCCAAGGGUUCUUACCCAGGGCACUAAUUUUCCUAUAGGUUUCAGUCCGGACCUCCGUGUACUUAUAAUCAACGCAGAAGUUUUCGACAUCACCACCACCGAGGGCGACGACCUUUCGAAAAGGUUGACCCUAACCCCUUUCACAAUGGAGGCUCUCCCAACCUUGCUCGAACCUCACCGGCACAAAAUCCCGUCCUGGGGUCUGGAUUGCCAGAUCAGUGCGUGCAAUUCUUAUGUCAUCUACAUGGGCAGAGGCGACCAGUGGGGGGACACAUCUAGAUACUCUUCAGCUAUCUUUUUAUACCGUAUAGAUCUCCAGAAGAGGAAGUCAGCCCGACUUGAGCUGAUACUACCCGAGGGAUUAAUUUCUCUGAAUGCCUCUCUCCACCCGUCGCUGCCUUUGAUGACGAUAAGCUAUGCAUCACCAACAUCGACCGAGCUCGAGGAUAUUCGAGAAAGGGCUCCUCCAUUGCGUCUCGCCAUAUUCGACCUCAUGAGAUUGGAAAAGAGGGUCCUCGAGAAUCCUAAGGGUCAAGCCACGAAGGCUAUGGCAGAGUCCUGGCGGAGAGGCGGCUUUCUACCUCGGCUUCUGUUCUCUGACUCUGGCGAAUUUGCCUAUCUCGAGGGAAGAGGCAAGCGUGAAGAAUGGUGGUUUCAGUCAGUUUAUCAGAUGGACAUCAACCCCGUACCUUCUCGAUUCAUCUGCGGUUCCAUUUCAUUGGAUAAUUCCCUCGUAAUCUUUCACGACGGCAAUAAUGUCUCUGUCGCACUCGAGCUCAUAAAAUUCGAUGACAACGGUUUCUGGAUAGGCACAAGACCCGCGGUGGUGCUACGUGAUAUCGCCGCAUACUCGUCGCAUUCCGCUGUUGCUGACCGGUACCUUCUUCUUGGCGCCAACGAUGACGAAAAAAUGCGUCUGCUAAUUGCCCCGACGGAUGGACGGACUCCGGUCAUCAAGACCCUCUCACUCACAUUUGCUGAGGCAAGAGCGAGACUGGAAAAGGAGUGGCAGAGGCUGCACGCCAACUCCCAAGACCAAGAUCUCAGCGAGACUGUCUGA